CCACCCCCUCCAGCCCGGCCCUUUCCCGUUCGAUUCCAACUACACGUGGCCCGACGCCAAUCACCCACCCACACUCUCUCUCUCAAUCAUGUUCAAGCUGCAGGCCCUCGUGACGGUCGCCCUCGUGGCGCUCGCCGGCGUCGAGGCGCAGAAGAAGCCGACGUUCAGCGUCAACAACCUGCCCGACAAGUGGGAGAAGGGCCAGAUCGGCACCAACCAGUGCAAGCAGUUUGGCGCGUCGAGCCAGAAGUCCAAGUGCCAGAACGUCUUUGUCAACUCGGUGUCGGCAGUCUGCCUGUGGGGCCCCCGCAAGCAGGGCACCGUCGGCGCGCAGGAGGAGUUCAUGUACUCGUGGUGCACCAAGAGCGGCUACGGCACGCGCCUCAUUCCCAACGGCACGCUCAAGAAGGCCCACUUCCUCAAGACGCCCGACUUUGUGCAGGUCACCGGCUUCGGCGACUUUACCAGCAUGAAGAUCGACGCCGGCGACGAGGGCGGCGAGCUCGACCCGCACGGUGCCACCGGCGCCGGCAACCCGCCCGGCGGCCUCGUCUUCACGCGCUCUGCCAAGGGCCGUGAGGGCCAGUGGGUCCAGAGCAAGGAGUGGUCGUCGUUCAUGUCGGCCACCGAGUUCUCCAUCCGUGCCUGCACCGGCGGCCCCAACGCCACCAAGCUGUGCCCGCACAUCUACGACGUCAUGGGUGCCCAGUGGAACCACGCGGGCAACUACGGCAACGGCUUCGACGACUGCGACGGCAACUCUGGCCCCUUCCCGGGCGAGCGCGUGCGCAAGAACGGCUCUACGAGCACCUUCCACCAGGGUGACAAGAAGACGCCCUCGGCCGCGCCCGCCGGCGCGUCGUCGAACUGCAAGCCGCGCGCCUCGCCCACGGGCGGCGCCGCCAAGCAGCUGCCCUACCGCCGCAGCGUCAGCGCCCGCGGCGCCGAGGAGAUCCUCGAGGACGAGGAGUAAGCGCGAGCUUUUCUCUACGCUCUUCCUCCCCUCUCCUCCGUCCGGCUCGCUCCAUUCACGGCAACACUCGUCGCCGUGACUCGCGCAUCCCACUUCGCCUCUCCUCACGCCGCACCCACUCUCCACCCACCUCACAGGUUCUUCACGCACACUGCACACGACUGGCUUCUCUAUUUGCCCCCUUCUUCACUUACAUCUUCACGCCCACUCCUCUGUCGUGGCGCUACUCAUCUGAAUCCCUUCCUCUGGACAUGCAGCGCUGCACUCUCCCGCGCGCACGC